AUGAGAUCUUAUCUAUCUAUACUGGCACUCUCAGUGUUGCUGUGUGGCACUAGUACUGAAGCUAGAUAAAACAAAGCACUAAGAAAUGCUUAAUUCAAAGAGAAGUUGGAUAAAUUAAAGCUAGGGAAGGCAGAAGAAUGGGUAGAGCCCACUAUCGUGCACAUUGUUCCACAUUCCUACAAUGGCUAAUUCUUAGACGCUAUUGACUAAUAUUUCGAGGAGGACAAAGACCAACUCAAGCAAUAACACUUUGACAAAGUCUUCAAUUCUGUAGUAAGAGCCAUGAAAAAAGAUCCAACCAGGACAUUCUCUCAUUAUGAGGUGAAGCACUUCUCCAACUGGUACAUGAGACAGAAUCACGAUGUCAAGAACCUUAUCUACGAAUGGAUGCAAUAAGGCAAUUUCGAGAUUAUUGGAGGUGGCUGGGAAGUACAUGAAGAUGCCUGUCCCAACUACGCUGAUAUGCUCACAAAUAUUUAUAAGGGACACAAAUUCCUCUAUGAUUAACUUUGGUAUUUCCCAAGAGUUGCUUGGUCGCUUGAUCAAUAUGGACAUUCCUCAACGAAUGCCAGAAUCUUUGCUGAGGCUGGUGCUGAAGCUUUAUACAUCAGGCAUAUUGAUCCCCAAGAAAGAGAAAAGAGACUCUCUGAGAAAUCUAUGGAAUUCCUGUGGAGACCAAACUUCCAACAUCUGGGACGCAAAGCAGAAAUCUUUACCCAUGUGUUCUAUGAUUUCGAUGCCUCACCCUUUGAUUUUGAUGUCCUUGAUCCACCUGCUGCUAAUAGCACCUAGAACUUUGAAGUUGACAAGAAUGAAUGGGCUUGGUACUGGGGAAACAAAACUGAUGACUGGUGGUUUAAUGAAGACGAGUAUGAUGAUGACUGGAACAAAGAUGAAGAUGGAGAUGAAGAUGAUUGGUGGAAUGAUGAGGAGUUCUGGAAGGACCUCAUUGACAUUUUUAAGAAUGUAACAGAUCAGCUUAACAAAACUAUCGAAGAUUAACCACAAACCAGAAUGAGAUUAUUAAGAGAGUUUUAGCUAGGACAAUAAGUCAGAGUAGGCACAAGAAAACUCAAAGAUUUUGCAAUGGAGAUGGCUCAAUACUACAACACCCCUCAUAUACUAAUGAUGGUUGGAUCAAGCGUGAACUUCGAAGAUGCUGAAGACUAUUACCAUCAGAUGGACAUGAUGAUAGAACUAUUCAACAGAAAUCAUAAGGACAUUGUGCUGACUCACUCAACUCUCAGCUUCUUUGAUGAAGUGAUUGAGUUUCAUGCUUUCGACCAUCCUACAUCUUACUUCGAUAUAAUGCCGAUUGCUGACAGCCACCACAACUACUUCUCAGGCUUAUACUCUUCCAGAGAAAAUCUCAAGUCUUUGAUUAGAAGAGGAGGGUAGUAACUGUCUGCCUUCAGCAAACUUUUCACUUCAGAAAUUCUUCAUGACGACAUUAAAUAGGACAGAGUGAACAGAAUUCUUAACGUGACUGAUGAACUCUAAAGAGCUGUCGCUCAAGCUCAAUCAGUUGAUGGUGUGUCAGGUGUGAGCAAGAAAGAAUUCGCUGAUAAAAUCUCCAAGGAUCUUACUGCGGCAUUACAAAAAAGUAAAAGCCUUUCAGCCGAAAUAAUAGAUGCAGCAGCACAAAAAAUUGCUGGAAUCUCUCUUGAUAAAGGAGCUUCAUAUCAAUGGUGUUUAGAAAUUAAUAAUAUCAGCUCUUACCUUGAAUGCCCUAUUAAAGAUCAUGCUAAAGAUACAAAAUUAUAAAUGAUUGUAGCAGUCUUUAACUCAGCCACUGCCAACUCCAAAAUAACAUUAGUUGGAGUACCUCAUGGAAAUUUAUCAGUUCGUGCCUAUAAUGAGUCCUCAAAGUAAUUUGAAUUAACAAAUGCCACAGUGAUAUGCGAUCAAACUUCUGAGGUCAAUGACUGCAGACUUUAUGCUAAGCAUAAUAUCGAAGGCCACGGAAUAGGUUUCUUAGAACUAAAGUACGAUAGCAACUCCAACAUUACCUCUUAGAUUAAGCAAGACUUAACUUUCAAGAUUGAAAACUCAGUUUAAAUCAUUUAAUACAAGGGUGAAGAUUAAAAGCUAGGCUCUCAAUUCGUAAUUCAAAAGAAGAAAUAUAUCAAUAACUUCCACUUCUCAUUCGAUUUAAGGUACUAUCCUUCUUACCAGGGCUUCUAAGGCUCCAGAAGCGGUGCAGGUGUGUUCAAGCCAGCUGUCAAUGACUCUCUGAAGUUCAGCAAACUCGAUAAGAUCUACUAUCAGCAAGGAAGUGUUGUCUCUCAGAUUACUUUGAUUUACAGAGAUAGCAAAACUAAUGAGACUGCCGAGGUUAGAGCAAGACUAUACGAUGGUGAUUCUAUCAUUAAAUGGGAUGUCCUUGUUGGAGAACUACCAAGGUUAAAGCAAGGCCAAGAGAUCACCAUAAACUUCUAUAGUCCUGACAUUAAAAACGAUGGAGAAUUUUUCACUGACUCAAAUGGGCUUCAAAUGGAAAACAGGCAACUUAACUACAGACCAAAUUACAACUAUAUUCCUAAUUAACACCAAAACAUCUCACACAACUACUAUCCAGUUACUAGUGCGAUAGCAAUCAGAGAUAAGGGUUUCAGCUUAUAUCAAAUGACUGUUAUGACUAGCUAAACUCAAGGUGGUUCAGUUAUCAAGGAAGGAAGAAUUGAAAUAAUGCAUUCAAGACGACUAGUAUUUGACGAUAAUUACCACACGGGUGUUAUUCUUUCAGAGACCGAGCCAGUCUAGGCAACAUACUAUCUUCAAAUCUUCGACAGAGAAUUCGAAGAGUCUCACUAAAGACGUCUUUAACUACACAUGGAUAGUCCCCUUGUCACUUACUUUGCCUUCAACUACAAAGUUAACAGCAAGCAGAUCCAAAGCAACUCUUAACCUCUGUUGAACAUGCAGGAACUUAAAUCUGUUGGUAUCCCAAGCCUUGCCAAGGUUGAAUUCAUUCCAUUUAACAGAUCCCAGAUCUACUUUAGAAUAGAUAACUUGCAAGAUAAAUUUGACUCAAAACUAGGAGACAAACAGAAUGUCAGUUAUAUCGAUCUCAACGCCUUUGCUAACUUAGUCUACUUCAAGCUUCAUGGCAAAAACCUUACUAAAAAUCAAUAUAUGUGGAUUUCUGAAAUGACAAUCAGUGGAAACUAAGAGUACAAAUGGGCUAAGUAUGAGAAAGUUAUCUGGCAAGGAGCAGAUGAUGACUUUAUUGAUACCAGUCAACUUCCACUUGACAAGAGCUCAACGAUGGUUUCUUUAGAGCCACAAAGAAUCAGAAUGUUCUAUUUGGAGUACUACUACUGGGCUGGCGAAGACUGGGGUGAAACUGAUGAGAAAUACGAACCUCAAGUCAAUAAAACCAUUUCAUUCAUUCAAUGA